AUGCUUGGGAGCAUCGACUGCAUGCACUGGACAUGGAAGAACUGUCCAACUGCCUGGCAAGAGGGAAGAGCUUCACCGUGCAACUAUACUGUCAAUGGCCAUGAGUAUAAUAUGGGAUACUAUCUCGCCGACGGGAUUUACCCAGAGUGGUCCAUAUUAGUGAAGACUAUUCCAGCACCUCGAGGAAACAAGCAUAAGUACUUUGCUCAACAACAAGAAAGCGCAAGAAAAGAUGUUGAGCGAGCUUUUGGCGUGUUGCAAGCUCGAUUUGCGAUUGUUCGUGGACCAGGACGUUUCUGGCAACCUUGUGUGCUGAAAGAUAUCAUGACAGCUUGUAUCAUAAUGCAUAACAUGAUCGUUGAAGAUGAACGUGAUUGUCAAUUGGACAACAACUUCGACUUUACUGAUUCGGUACCAGUCGUUGAACCUUCUCAUGUGCAGACGGUGUCUCUAACUGAGUUCAUCCAAAAUCAUCAUCAGAUCAGGAACACGCAAACACACAAAUCACUAAAAAAUGAUUUGAUCGAGCAUCUGUGGCAGUGUAUGCGUAAAUUUUGA